AUGAGGAAAGGGAUUAGGAAUUUUUGUAAUGACGAUACCUCAACUUCUACACUCGAUCAACACAACAAGGCCAAUUGUAGUACUCCUCCUGAUGAUCACCAUUGUUUCGCCACCCCAUCUGUAAUUACCUCUCCUUGUAUCCACAGGAAUAAUAAUGCAGAUGCAGCGCAACAAAGCUCACCAACACUGGAGGAGAUGAUACUGCAGUUAGAGUUAGAAGAGGAGUUUGCAAGAAAAGCUAAGCUCAACAGCUAUGUUGAUGUCGGUAUGCGGGCCGGUAGAAUGUCAUGCGUUAACAAUUCUGAUAUCUUGCGAUCUGCGAGAAACGCAUUGAAUCAAUACCCUCGCUUCUCCCUUGAUGGAAAGGAUGCCAUGUAUCGGUCUUCUUUCCGGAACUUGGAUUCUGUUGGUAAAGCAGCAGCUGACCGCAGGAAAUCGGUCUGCUGUGACCAUGGAGUGAGAGAACGAAUGAACAGAAAUGAUUUUGCUUCGAAGUUUGAGAGGAAAUUGAGUUUGCCACCAACUUUGGCUGGGGAAAGAGUGGUGUGGUGCAAACCAGGAGUGGUAGCGAAGCUGAUGGGUUUAGAGGCAAUGCCAGUGCCAAUGAACAGCAGAGAAAAUAAAGAAACGUUGGCGUCCAUCAUAAAGAGGCAAAAUCUUAGGAGAAGAGCUGAAAGACAUGGAAUGGAAAGAAGACUCGCUGCAGAUAUGUGCGAAUUCGAUGGAAUCAAGAGAGGUAGAUCAUCUAUGCCUUCUUGUUCCAAGCCUGGAUAUUGUGUGAUGAAACCGGUUGCAGGAGAGCCGCCGGCUAAUGAUGGAGGGGUUGGCCAACCAGGCGAUUUCGUUAGAUGCUAA